CCGCGCCGCUCCCGCCGCCGCCGCCGGGCAGCGCGCCCCGCGCUCCGCCGCCCCCGCGCUCUCCCGCCGGGAUCCGGGGCCGCCCGCGGCAUGGCCGGCGCGCUGGGCAGGGGGGCGGCGUGCUGGCGGAUGCGGAGCGCGGCGGGCGGCAGGAAGGAGAAGCCGCCGGGCGCCAAGCCCCAGCCCCGGCACGAAAAUAUGAAGAAGCCCUGGAGUCCCGAUUUACCAGUUGAUAACCAGUCCUACAAUUCAGAUUUCACAUCUCUCCCAGACCAGGAAGGUGAGAAAGAAUUAGCACCAGAUGGCACUGAAGAAAAGAAGGAGAGAGAAAAGAAACACACCAAUUUCACUUUGUGUAAUGUCUGUAACAUUCAGCUGAACUCUGCUGCUCAGGCACAAAUCCACUACAACGGCAAAUCCCAUCAGAAGAGGCUGAAACAGCUCAGCAACGGAAAUCUCAAAAGUGAUAAUGGUGGUACAUGCCAGAGCCCUGCUCUUCCAGCCCUGGUGCGUCCUCCCGCGCCGCCCCUGCAGCCCUCGCUGGACAUUAAGCCGUUCCUCCCGUUUCCUCUGGACACUGCCGCAGCAGUGAACCUCUUCCCCAACUUCAAUGCAAUGGACCCAAUUCAAAAAGCUGUAAUAAAUCAUACAUUUGGAGUUCCUCUUCCUCAUCGAAGAAAGCAAAUCAUAUCAUGCAACAUUUGCCAGCUGAGAUUCAAUUCUGAUAGCCAGGCUGCGGCCCACUACAAAGGCACUAAACAUGCCAAGAAGCUCAAAGCACUGGAAGCCAUGAAAAAUAAGCAGAAAUCUGUUACUACCAAGGACAGCGCAAAGACUACCUUCACUUCCAUCACUACCAAUACCAUCAAUACCAGCUCUGACAAAACAGAUACUAACACAGGGACACCAGCAAUAUCAACGACGACAACCGUGGAAAUCCGGAAGAGCAGUGUGAUGACAACUGAGAUCACCUCCAAAGUGGAGAAAAUCCCCACAACAGCCACUGGCAGCAGCACUUCCCCUUCCGUUGAGACUGAGGAAGAAAAAGCAAAAAGACUGCUGUACUGUUCACUAUGCAAAGUCGCUGUCAACUCUGCCUCACAGCUGGAGGCGCACAACAGUGGGACUAAGCACAAAACUAUGCUGGAAGCUCGGAAUGGAAGUGGAACCAUAAAAGCGUUUCCCCGGGCAGGCGUAAAAGGCAAAGGACCUGUGAAUAAAGGAAAUACAGGCCUUCAGAACAAAACAUUUCACUGUGAAAUAUGUGAUGUGCACGUAAACUCCGAAACACAACUGAAACAGCACAUAAGCAGUAGAAGGCACAAAGACAGAGCUGCUGGGAAGCCACCUAAACCUAAAUACAGCCCUUACAACAAACUCCAAAAGGGAACACAUCCUCUAGGGGUAAAAUUAGUAUUUUCAAAGGAACCUUCAAAGCCGAUGGCCCCACGAAUCUUACCAAAUCCGCUGGCAGCUGCAGCAGCAGCUGCUGCUGUGGCUGUCAAUUCCCCCUUCAGUCUUCGCACAGCCCCAGCAGCCACCCUUUUCCAGACUUCAGCACUUCCUCCAGCACUCCUACGACCAGCUCCUGGGCCUAUACGGACCACCCACACUCCUGUGCUGUUUGCUCCUUACUGAACUCCAAACAGGAAUCAAUUGUACUGCAAUAAUUUUUCAAUUCAAAACAAACAAAAAAAUGAAAAUCAAGAACAUUGAACUAUGCAGUGUUUAUUUAUAGUUUAAAGUAUAUAUGAAGAGCCAGAACUUUUGAUAGAGAACUGAACAAAUUCUGAAAGGGGGAAUGGGCAGUAUUUUCUCCAGAUGAGAACAUUUCUCUUGAGCAUUGAUCGUUUUAGAACUGAUCUCCAGCAUUGACUUGUAGUGACAUAUAAAACUUACAAAGCCUUUUGACUGUGCAUUUUGGCACAUAUUUCCCUGCAAUGUCUUUCCUGCUUUAUGAAACAACUUACAAAUUUGUCUAAAGGGCAUUAACUGGUUCCAAUGUAUAUAAAAUACUUUAUUCUGUAGAUUAAAGAAGAAGGAAAAAAAACAACACUGUGAAUAGUAGUACCCUUACCAAUCCUCCUGCCAAAUCAGCAGUUACUGGGUAUUUAUCUGAACAAAAGUAGAUACAAUAGAUGUCUUGUAAUAUAGUAGUAUUGUGUCUCUAUCUAUGCCACUAGGUUUCUAACUGAGUUGCAAAAGAUGAAAUGAACAAAAUUAUGUCACUUUGGUAAGUAGUCAAAAAUUAUUACAAUAACAUGGAGCUGUUCCUGGUGAGAAAAGUUUUCCUCACUCACAGAAGAAUGAAAAUAAUCUAGGUUAGGGCAAAGAAAGAGAUAAAGAAGAUCUAGUGGGGAAAAAAUAAUUCAGAUACUGUACACAGAAUGGGUCAAAUGUUUAUUUAACUGAGAAUGUAUGUGUACACUGUGUUUUUAUUCAAAAAGUGUAAUACAUACGGGAUAGAUCAAUGUUUAAGACAUGACAGUAGAAAACAAAAAAUACACUCUUGUCAUGAAACAGGCCUGACACUUCAGUGUUGAGCAGAGGGAAGACACAAAUCGGUCACACAGAGUCAUAACUGGCAAAUGAAAAACAGGAGAAAAAUCCUGGUCUCAUUUAAGUCAGUUUAAAGUUCCUUCUGACUGCACUGUAGCCAGAAUUUCAUCCCAAGAAUGGCACAUAUUCAUUUUAUGUCACACCAGUGGGAGUGUCUGUAGAUACAGGUAAUAUUUUUUGCUAUAGGCUUAUUCUUAGCAACAGACUUAUUUCCUUGUUUUAUUUCCUGCUGAUGUGAUAUAAAAUGUCUUAAUAUACCUAUAAAAUGUAAACAGUGACACAUGAGAUACAUAUUACGAGAUAACUGCACAUCAUGGGUUUGGAACAAAUACAACUUCUAGGAUCUCAAGGGACCCUUGAAUUCUGUAGCUGACCGUUAUGUACAGACAGCUUAAAGCCUUAUAUAUUUACUGUGAGGCUUAAAGGGGUUGACUGUGUCCCUUUAAAGUAAGAUUUAUCAGGGGUAUAUAUAGAUAUAUUGUAUAUAUGUUAGAGUAAGAAAAAUAACUUAUAAACAGAAAAUCUACUAUAUAAAAAUAAUUAUAUAACCAUUGAUUUCACAUGUGGGUCAUUAAGUGGUAAGCAACAAACAACAGAGAAAAAAAUAGACUUCUUGAAUCUGAUCCUUGCUGCCUGCUUUUUCCCAUAGGGAGCUGAAAAGUAUCUAUUAAUAUUGGGUGCGCUGCUGAGUCACAUGCAACCACUCUGAAUGUGUAGCUAAGUGAAAUGCCUACCAUACAUUUAGGCAGAAUAAAAUUUAAAAGCAUAAUUUAAGUUUAGACGGGGAAAUUAUUUGAAAGAUUUUAUUAACAGGCAGUAAUGCAAAAUAUUGACCAUGGGGUUGCUAUAUAAUGCUGCCUGUGGUUAAUGCAGACAGGUGGGAGAUACAGAGGAUGGAAAUAUACAGCACUUUUGACUUGCAGUUCAUCAGUGAGCCUUCCAUUUACAUUCAUAUUUGCAUUUUUUAAACCUCUCCUCAUUUAGAUUUUAUAAAAAAUAUAUAAAGAGAGAGAAAGAAGAGGUUCCAUGGAUAUCUGUGUCCAAAGAAUUCCAAAGAGAUGCAUUUAUUUAUCUAGAAGUAUUAAAAUAAGUUCUAUAUUAUGUAUUUGUAUUUCAUCCAGUUUAUUUGCAAACGUUUGUGCCUUGAAAUGAAAUGAGCUUUUGUUUAUAUUUAAUUCACACCUAUGUAGCCAUGAAAAAGACAUGAUGGUGAUUCCAGGGCUAAUUACCAGCUGGAUUGCUUUGGCCUAAUUUUCAAAACAACAGUAUAAGUAAGUUCCUGAAGCCAAGUUUAGACAUCUAAAUAACUAGGGGCUGACAUUUAAAAGGGCUCUCUACUCCGCAGCUCCCAGUAAAGAGACAGUAAAUAAGCCAGCCUUCAAAACCUGUUCCUCACACUCAAUUGAAAAAAUGUUUCAUUUUAUUUGGGUACAUGAUAUGAUAAGAUUCAGUGGACUUGGUCUUUUAAGCCUGCUUUCAACUUUCCAUCUGUUUGCAGAGGCUGCAGUGCCAUUGCCAGCUGUGUUCAGAUUCCUCCUUGAAAAGGGCAACAGCUUUCAAGCUGUGCUCCAUGAACCACCAGUUGUUUUCAGAGCCUUUUGUAAGAGCCUGUGUAAGUAAGAUCUUGCUAAAGGAGCAGAGGAGAACUCACAUUUUGGGAAGGUAGAAGAUCUGGGCAGGCUUUCUUUUCCCCAUGAGGAAGCAGGCAGAUGGGAAAAUGGGAGAUAGACAAAUAUCCUGAGGGCUCUUAUGCACAGCCUUCUGGUGCAUGGACACCUGCUGUACAUCCUGCCGUGUUGUUGUGAUGCCAUCAAAAUCAACAGGCUGAUCCUUGCCAAAACGUGGCCUGUGGCAUGUAUGGAGGCACAGUACUAAGGACAGAGUUCAUGCAAAUUUUGCUAGAAAUAAGAGUGUCAUUUCAACUAUUUACAUCAACUAGUUUGCAAUGACACCUUCAGUUUUCUUGGACCUCUUUUGUCACAGUGCUCUAUGGAACAAGCUUUUGUUCACACGAGUCUCUUUUAAAGUUCAGCUGUAAACAACAAACUCAGUUCCUUUGUCUCUUACUCACUACCUAAUAAAGGAUAAAGCCUAAAUGUUAGAAUGUAUAGUGGAUUUUCUGUGCCUUGCUGCUCCACCCCUUCUCGGUCAGUAACAAGCCAACGUACCCAGGACAUCAGCACAACAGUUCUAUUAUAUAUAUAUAGAUAUAUAUAUUUAUCUGUCAAGGAGAAUACUGGCACAGCAAUCUGAUGGGGCAAAGAGAACUUCUGGUCAAGGGUAUGUCCACAGCAGAUUACAGAGGAGGUAGCAAACAGAAGACACUUUACACCUACUUGUCAAUACAUCCAGUGUGGAGAGCACUAUUAAAGAAAAACAUCCCGUCCUAUUUCAUAUUACUGUAGCACUCCAGGGCCAAGAGGAAGCCUAAAGCACAAAGAAGCAGAUCAUUUCAUCGAAGUCACUCACUGGGAUAAGAGUGUGAAAUCAGCCUGUGGGGAAGUGGCUGGGUAAUGAACUCAGAAAAACAAUCAGGUUCAGGGAUGUUUUCUUACAUUCUAUUCAAAGUGUUAAAGAACAGCUAUCCUGUUCUGACCUGAAGAGAUGGUAUUUUUGUGGGAGAUAUAUAUAUAUUUAUUGAUAUUUUUAUGCUAUCUGCGUUUUUCCAAAUAUCUAUGGCUUCAAACCUUUGUUCCGAAGGAUCGUCAUUGCUCUGAACCAUGAAAUUAGCUACCUUCUUGAAAACUGCUGUAAAAGCUGAUGUGAGGGGUCAGUAAGCAAAUGGUAUAAAUAUGAUGAUCUAAAAUGAAAAAAAGAACUGACCAUGUCAAGAAGUAUUGUAUUUGAAAAGUAUACAUCUUUAUUUUAAGAUAAAUUAUAUAAAAUUAUAUAAAAUUAGGAAUAGCUAAAUAAAGUUAAUAUAAUUAGAAGAACUACAUCUGUCAUUUUAGUAUUGAAAUAUUACAAUUGGCUCUGCAUUUUAAAAGUUUAAAAGACACUCAAGGUGUCAAAUCAAUGCAAGGAUACUUUUGGUAAAUUUAGUGUCUCACUUCAUUAUCUUCCAUUUACAUCAGGAAUACCAUAACUGAAUGGACCUGCCUUUAGUCUAUUUAGUUCUAUUUUAUAUGCCAAAGACGCAGUAGCAUGUUGGCCCCAUAUUUCCUGAAAAGUGAAAUCAUGCUGCUUAGGAGCCCCUGUUUCUGCCUUUCACUCCCAGUAAACACAUAGUUUUUAGAGUCUCUUCAAAGCAUCCUGGGGAGUUUCUAACCCGAUAUCUUCUUUCAGCAAAAGUAAACAUCAUUUUAUGAACUUUAUAUCAACACUGAGGAGCAAGAUCUAAAAAGGUUUUCACAAUUGUAACAUUUUUUUGGGUAGAUACAAGGCACAGACACUCGUUGCACAGAUCUUGUUAAAAACAUGUGAAGUCAGAACCUAGACCAGUUCAUGAGUGUCCUGGUUCUGGGGUUAACUCACAACAAUAAGAAAUCUGUUCUUUUUACUAACAGGUGUCUGAAUUUUGAUUUCUAAAACUGACUUCAGCACAGUUCAGGCUUCAAGACUCUAAGCUCCCAAAGCUCCCAAGAAAAUAAGAGUGGGCUUCCUGUUUAUCAAGAUGCAUAUGAAAAUGUGAGCCUAUACUAUGUCAAAUGUUAAGUAUUUUUUGACAUCACAUCUUCUGUUCUCAUUGUUUAUCUCUUAGUGCCAUUCCUUCAGUGCCAAUCAUACAGAAGCUUCUGUGCUGGAAUUCAGUACAUGACUAAAAGAAACAGUAAUACUGAUAAAUCCUAUCUUAAACUAGUUGAAAUCUCAAACACACAGCAAAGGGUUUAGCCAAGGAUGAGAGUUUUAUGGCCUCUCCCUUCUACAGGUUUAUUAAAAUUCAGGACCAUUUAGGAGUAAAUGUAACUAUCUGGAAGAUGAUUAUUACAUAGCCUGACCUGAAAUGUCAGCAGCUGAAAGAAUCUGCUCCAGACUGAAAUGAACAAUGGUAUGAAAACCAUAAUGCUCUUAACUUUGGGACUCCUGAUAGCAGUGGCAAAAAUCUUUGAUUUCAAUAGAGGCAAUUUUUUGCUCUUAGUGGACAAGGCCUUUUGCAGUCAUGCUGUGUACUGCAAUUAGGUGUCAUUCAACUCUGAUUCAGUAUUGAUACUUUGAUAAAGAAACUUGGCUGAGUGUGAAACAUGAUUAGUGACUGCCUGGUUUGUGUUGGUCCGCUUCAUGCUGGGAUGAUGCUUGGGUGGUGAAAUAAGAAGACUUGAAAGAGUCAAUGUAAAGAAUUUGGUGGUCUAAUUUGACCCUUUUUCCUUGUGCAAUGUUCUUAAAUGGAACUUCUGAGGUAUGAACAAGCUGGAGAAUUCCUGGAUAAAAAAGUAGGGACCUUGAAGAUCGUGAGAUCUUAACUUUAAAAUAAGUUUGAUGAGAAAGAACUCAGAAGACAUUCUUUGGAUUAGAUACCACAGCGACAUUGUAGCAAUGGUCUUCACACUUGGCACACUGUCAAUACAAUGGCAUUUUUUCUGUUCACAGUAGAAAUCAAGGAUUUGACACCAAUGGUUAGGAACAAGCUUAGUUAAUAAUAGUCAUUGCAUAGGUUUUGGACACUCAGUUGAAGGACACAAUAAUUUUCCUUGGUACUCCAUGUCUUCAGGCGUGUUCAUACCAGCCAAGAUAUCACUACAUUUUAUCAACACCUGGGUCUCCAGAAAGAAUAUCCAUACUCUUAAUUUCUUUUUAUUACAAUUAGAUUUUUCUUCUGUGUUUCUUUAUUCAUUGUCUUGUCUCUCACAUGAAUGAACAGAAUCCAUAAAAUUAAAUAUACAUUUAAGAAGUAUGUAAUCAUCAAUGCCCCUAUUGGGCUAUUUGAUCAGAGUCAAUAAAUUGAAAAAAGAAUUUAAAGCAGCACAGCAACAGUAAUGGUAAAAUAGUGUGAAGAGAGAACAUCUAUACUACAGUGCUCUUUACCUAAUCUAGAGUUUUAUGGCACAGACAGCUGUUUAUUCUUUCAUACUUUCCUGACAUAUUCAUCUUUUGGGAUCCUUCAAAGGUUUAAUCAAAUUUAAAUGUUUAAAUUUCUUAUGUUCAGUAAAAACAUUUAUGUAUUUCUGAGUGCAAAAGCAAUAUAAAAAGGGAUAAAACCCACAAACCAUUUUCUCACUAAAAAUGCCUGCAGCAUUUGUUAACAAUGUCAGCCCUUUCUCUGCUGGUGGCUCGUGGCUGGCAUUUACCAUGGGAACUGUUCUCAUUGAGACAUGUAUCAGGUGAAAACUGUCAGUUCAAAAUACAAUCUGUCAAGUGCAGACAUUCAUUUGGGGCACAACAAUGUGGGAGAUGAGAGAAUAUAGGCAAAACUAUGCCUUUCUAGUAGCUUGUUUGAACCCUCUCAACACUGCCUGGUGGCUUGAUGGGGAGGGGCAGAGGUUCUCAAUGUGGUCAUUCUGUUGUAUUUAUAACACAGAGGAUGUAAGUUUGAAAAAUGUCUUGUUUUGAGAAUUUUUAACCAGUGCUUCAGUAUGGGGGAUGAUCCACCCCCUCUACCCACCCAAAAUUGUAAUCCUUCCUUCAGACAUAUUUUCAAUGUAGACUUGCCAUGAUAUUAUUGCCAGUCAAACUGCUGCCUGAAUCUGAUUUUUCCAUUGGAAUAAAACUAUUCAUGUCAGUUUUGCUACCCUGAAGGAGAACCCAGGAAUUAAAAAUGAAAAUGUAAUGA